AUGUCCACACCUUUUGUUCAACAGCCACCGUCCAUAGAAAUAACCCAACAAGCGUACACAACCCAUUCGGAUCACGGGACGGUUGGACCUGUCAUAGCGGUUCUAGCGGUCAUCACCGUCUUAGGUGUCAUCGCCGGCAUGAUUGGUAGGCUUUGUUCAGGUCGUCGGGUCAUGGGUCAUGGAGAGUACGAUGUAGAAACUUGGAUUGAGACCAAAUGCUCCUCUUGUGUCGAUGGCAGAAUCGCACCGCCGCCUCCUCCACCUCCUCUGCCGCCGGAACCUGCCAUUCAAGACUUGCCACCUGUCCAAGCCCCUCAAGAGAUCAAAGUAGAACAACAUCCAAGGCAAAACUUACAUGCCCACAGUGAUACUUAA